UCUUGCUCAAAGAAACCGGAACGUUUACCCCGCAAAUCAUCGCAAGCCUCACACGACCCUCCCAAGGUUACAGCACACACGGCACACGGCACACGGCAUACGGCAUACGCACUGCGGAAGAAACAUUAUGGCGCCAAUGAACAAGACACCUAGCGAAGAAGAAAUCGCAAACACCCUCGGCAACCUUGAGCUCUCAACCUCGCAUCCGCAGAAAACCGCGCAGAAGCCCAAAUCCAAGCCUGUGGCAGACAGCUGGGAAGCCGAACUCAGCGGGUCGGAUACUGAGACGGAAGAUGUAGACCUCGGCAAGUCUGCAGAGAAGGGCUCACCACACGAUUCUCUACAACCGCUGUCGACCACUACUUCGCGCGAUAACCCGCCAAACCCGCCGCCGCCUACACCUGCCAGUCCCACGCAGUUCGAGUACCCGGACAAUGUUCCGUACAACUUGAACUCCAGUCUCAGCGAUAGUGGGAGCCGGAGUUCGAGCAGAGGUGGCUCAGAUAAACGACCGGAGAAGACAACGUCUGUAGCUGGGAGGAUGAUUGCGGGUGCGUUGGGUGUCAGAGCGCCGAAGAGGACCGAGGAGGAGAGGGAGUAUGACCGUGUCAUGCGGGAGAAGGAGAGGAAGAGGAGGACUGAGGAGAGGGAAAGGGAGAAGAGGGAGGCGGAGGAGAGGGAAGCCAGGAAGAAGGCUGUUUGGGAUGAUUAGAGCAGUUGAACGCUCUUAUGCUGAGACUACGCUCGACAUGUGGUUUUGGUAUUAUUGUACAUAUAGUCUACGCAAAUCUGUAAAUUAGAUGUAAAAAGGUGCCCCUGAUAUCGAGGAAGCAUGAAAGUACUAGCUUGUUGAUUUUGCUGCAGAUGGGAUUAUCGAGCAUCGAUUGUAUUCGGCGUUGGACCGAACCACUUCUUCGCUUGAGAUACCGUAGUCACCGAUCUUCAAUUGCCGCACAUUGCUGCUUGUUCCAGGACACGUGCAUAUAAGUCAUGGAAAGUAUGUAGUGAAUUCAAUCCUUCUCGCUUAUGGCGCACCAUCAGCUAAUGCGUGAA